GAUUGUGAGCGGUUUGGAUGAAUUGAGCUGAGUCCCUGUGGGGGGUUUAAACAACCUCAGUGAAGGGGGAGUUUUCUGUACUUGGGGCUGUAAUUCAGUCAUGUUUGAGAAGAUGGCCUGUCCCUCCCUCCGUCAAACUCAGGAAGGCACUGCCAGAGAAAAUCUCUCCAACAUUUUCUCAGCAAUUGUCAACUUUUCAGAAUCAAGAAACAUUUUCACAUUUGGAGUUCAUUGGAUAAUAAAAGUUUUCCACCUGAGAGCCCAUAAAUAGAUCAACGGAGUAAAGACCAUGAUCCUUGACCUCGAGGGGUACCACAACGAUGACGAAAAGUUGUUCAACUCAAGUACACCAUUCCAAUGCUCCCCCGUACAGCUUCCCAUCGUCUAUCAAGAACUUUCAGAUAAAUGGAGAGAUAUUUCUUAUUUAUGUGGAGAGUUCAAAACUGGAGUCCAUCAGUAUGAAAUGGUAUUCGUCCCACCAUUGCAUGUCAUUACUGCCGAGAUGCUGUGGAUCUUCCUCUUCUGAUUUGCUGUCAUACACAUUCGAAGAAACAGAUCCCAUGCUAUUGUCAGUUUGAAAGCCUCCAAGAAUGAGGAAUGCUAUUCCCACACUAAACAUCUGUCAAACAUUUAUAUUGGAAACCGAAUCAGCAGCUGCAACAAGUGCGAUUUUAUUUUCACUCAACCUUCAUGAAACGCAUGUUGCUCCAGAAAUAUGUGGAUUGACUGUGAGAGACGUCAAUCAGAGAGCUCACCCACUCUGCGCAUUGUCUCCUCUUCCUCUUCCAGAGCUGGUUCACUUCCUAUAGGGACUGAAAACCAAGUGAGGAGAUGAAGGAUUGCAUUGUACACCAGAGAAUACAAAGAGGCUAGACACUGCAGGUAGAUCCUGAUCAUCAUCCAAGAACAACUGCACAACUGUUGGAACACAUUCCAGUCCCCUUCCAGCAUUCUCAACCCAGAGAAAUUGGGAUUUGGUUGGGUCACUGCAGGUUUGACAUAUCAUCAGAUUUGAACUGGUCAGUGGUAUGGAGCAUUCCAUCAAAACCAACCUUUUCAAGGGUUUGGCUGUGAGUGAUCAGUCAGGCUGAGACUGGGAAAAGUGUGAGUGGCUCCAAGUGUAGUAAGAACUCCAAACAUUCAUCAAGUCUCAUGAAUCCCUGAAUCAUUCCUGAAGAUGAGAGGCUGUUCAUGUGAGGUAGUCUCUACAGGCUCAUAAGACCUUAUAAUAUACAAAGUGCAGUUAACAAAAGGCCAGUUCAAUGGAAGAUAAACCAUUCAAGUGUGAGGUGUGCAACAAAUCAUUCUCAUGCUCAUCUCACUUUCUCGUACACCAACGCACCCACACAGGUGAGAAACCAUUUACCUGUGAUGUUUGUGACAAAUCAUUCUCGCAGUCAGUGACCCUCCGUGUUCACCAACGUAUCCACACAGGGGAGAAGCCAUUUAGAUGUGAAGUGUGUGACAAAGCCUUCACACAGUUAUCGAGCCUCCUGGUCCAUCAGACCAUCCACACGGGGGAGAAACCCUUCAAAUGUGAAGUUUGUGAUAAGGCCUUUCCGACAUCUACAAGGCUCCUGGAACAUCAGAGCAUCCAUACCGGGGAGAAACCCUUCAGGUGUCAGGUGUGCAACAAAUCAUUCUCACGCUCCUCUCACUUCCGGACACAUCAACGUAUUCACACUGGGGUGAAACCAUUCAAGUGUGAGGUCUGCAAGAAAUCAUUCUCUCAGUCAUCAACUCUACGUGAACACCAACGUCUUCACACUGGGGAGAAGCCAUUCAAAUGUGAGGUGUGUAAUAAGGGAUUUGCGCAAUUGCCAGGCCUGGUGAGUCACCGCCGCGUUCACACAGGCGAGAAGAAAAUAUUCACAUGUGAGGUGUGUAAUAAGGAGUUUGAACAGUUAUGGGGCAUGUUGGAUCACCGUCGUAUUCACACAGUCAGUAAUGCUCCUUAGAAACCGAUACAUCCACAUUGAGGAAAAGCUGUGAGGUCUGUGUUGAAGGCUUCACAAGAAAGACCCCCUUUCUGAUACACCAUCUGUUUUAUGCAGAUGAGAAACCAUUGAAUUGGGAGAUGUGUGACUGAGUCUUCACUCUUUGCAACACUCAUGAAUCACCAAUGCAUUCAUACAGGCGAGAAGCUGUUUUAGUGUGAAUUUGUUAACAAAAGCUUUGCACACUCUCAUCAGGCCUGAUGUAUCUUUGGCAUACUCACACUGAAGAGAAACUAGAUAAAGUGCGUGACAAAUCCUCAACAAGCUCAUUGAAGCUUCCUGUCUGAGAAAAUCGCCACAAAGAGAAAUCAUCCAAGUCUGAGAUUUAAGAUAAAGUUUUCCUGAAGUAUUCAACUCUCAUAAGAUAUGAGAGGAUCCCUGUAGGAAAAAAGCAUUCAUGAGACAAGGCGUUCACAAAGUCUGUGUACAUCCUGGUCCAUGAAUGCACUCACAUGGGGAGAAACCCGUUUGGUGUGGGAGCCCCAUCAUAAAGCCUUCACACAGUUGUUAGACCUACUGGAACAGUGAACAGACACAGGAGUCUUUUCUGCCAUGGUGUGUAUCAGGAUUGUUUCCCCUCCUUCUCCUGCAGAACAAUAAAGAAGCAUGCCAGCAUCUCAGGCAAAGUAGUCUGAAUAAUUGAGGCCACGUGCUCAAACAUUCUUUGGCUCUGCCAUUGAUGUACAACCACAGUGUGUACCAUCUACAAGAUGUAUAUAGAAGUUCACCAAGGUUACUUAGCAUCUUUCAAACCCAUAGUUCCUACCAUUUGGGAACACUACUACCUGCAGUUUCCCCUGUGAGUUAUGGGAAGGCAUGAGCACAGUUGUAAUGUCACUGGACUAGUGAUCCAGUACCUCAGGCUUAUGUUCUGGGACCUCCGUUUGAAACCCAACAUGUAGAUGGUGAAAUUUGAAUUCAAUAAAAAUCUGGAAUUAAGAAUAGAAGCGAUUGUUGUAAAAAUGCAACUGGUUUACUAAUUUCAUUGAGGGAAGUAAACUACCAUCCUAGUCUUGCAUUCAAAUGAUUGACAUACAACUGCACAGUAGCUGAUUCUUAACUGUCUUCUGUGCAAUCAGAUAUAAGCAAUAAAUGCUGGCUGAGCUAGUGACACUUUCCAUCAAACAAUAAAAAUAAACUCUCUAGAGCCACUCACCAUCUUGACCUGGAAAUAUAUCACUGGGUCAAAAUCCUGCAUUUCCCCCAUGAAUGGCAUUGUGGGGAUACAUUCACCAUCUGGACCGCAUUGGUUCACGAAAGCAGCUCACCACCACUUUCUCAGUUCAUGAUAGGUAAUAGAUGCUUGUUCAGCCAGUGAAUGAAUUUUAAAAAACCCUUCUUAUUAUAGUUAGUUUCUGUUAUGUUAUGACUUCUUGUGAAGAUACAAGGAAAUUUUAUGGUACAUCCUUGCCUAUUUGUAUAGAAUAGGGAAUGUAUACCAUCAUAAUCCUCAUUGUCUUCGUUUUGUUUAAUUGGUGAGAGUUUCUCUUUAAGUCAAAUGGUCGUUCUGCUAUAACAUAUGUUUUGUUAACACAAAUUUGCUAUAACAUGAUUGACAAAUUGGAAAGGAGAAAGUG